AUGAAGCGAAAGGGGUCUCUGGCCUGCCUCCUGCUCUUCCUGCUCCUGGGCAGUGGAGAGGCUAGCCCGCUGCGGAGUGGAGAGGCCGACGCUGCAGGAAAAGUUGGGGAAGCCAUUGUACAUGGGGUGGGAGAGGGGGUGGGAGAGGCCAUAGGAGAAGCCGCCAUCCAAGGAAUCGAGAAGGCCAUUGGCCAAGGGACUGGAGAGAAAGCGAGCUUAGGAAUCAGGGAGGCCAGGGACCCCCACUUGGGGGAUGCUCUUGCCCACAAGCUUAAGGAAGCAAGCCAAGCUCUUAAAAACACUGGGAGUGAGGCCAGCAGACAGGCUGAAAAUAUCAUCGGACACGGAGUGGACCCUGCCCACAGCUCCUGGCAGGGAGUGCCCGGCAGCAACGGAGCUUGGGGAACCAAUGGGCAGCCUCCAUCUGGACACCAUGACAUCCCUGGCUCUCAGGGCAGCUCUGGAGGCCCAGGGGACACCCACGAGCACGUGUUCUCUGGAGGCUCAGGUGGCAGCUUUGGAGCUAAUGCUCAGGGAGGCUCCUGGGGCCAGGGAGGCCACAGAGGGCCAUUCAACCCAGGGGCCAACUCUCAGGGAACCGCGCCCCAACCUGGUUCAGUGAGAAGCAGCAGCAAUGGAAAUACAGAAUGCACCACUCCCCCUGGCUCAGGUGGAAGCUCUGGCAACUCUGGGGGAAGCGGCAGCAAUGGCGGCGGCGGCAGCAAUGGCGGCGGCGGCAGCAAUGGCGGCGGCGGCAGCAAUGGCGGCGGCGGCAGCAAUGGCGGCGGCGGCAGCAAUGGCGGCGGCGGCAGCAACGGUGGCAGCAGCAAUGGUGGCGGCAGCGGCAGCUCCGGGUCCAGCUGGGACACUAGAAAUUCUGAUCAUGGUGGCUCCUCCCACGGAUACAACCCCAACUCCUCCUCGGGGAGCAGAGUUGGAAGUGGUGGCAGAAACAAACCCGAGUGUGACAACCCACACGUUUCCGGGGGAUCUGGGGGUCAGGGGCAGGGCUCUGGUGGAGAAGGCGAAGCUGUCAGUGGAAUCAACACCUUGAACUCUCAGACAUCUUCUGAGCCCUUCAACUUCGACACUUUCUGGAAGAAUUUUAAAUCCAAGCUGGGCUUCAUUAACUGGGAUGCCUUAAACAAGGGCCAAGCCCCACCCCCCAGCACUCGUGCCCUCCUCUACUUCAGGCGGCUCUGGCAGGAUUUCAAACACAACACUCCUUUCUUGAACUGGAAAGUCAUUACUGAGGGUGAAGAUGUGCCAUCGCUUCAGAAGAGGGCAGGUGGGGCUGGCCAGCCUGGCACAGGAUGGCAAGACACAGUAGGUGGGACUGCUAAGAACUACAAUUACAACCAGCAGGGAUCUCCUACAGCCCUUGGCGGGCAGUACCCAGUCAAGACCCCCGCUAAGGGGGGAGUCACGGUUUCUUCCUCGGCUUCCCGGACGCACCCUAGCCUGCUGCAGUGGGUGAAGUUUUGGUAG